CGAGACCAAAGAAUAUAAAGGAACCGCAAGCCAUGAAAACACUAAUUGUUGGAAUUGGUGGAGUGACAAAUGGUGGGAAAACAACACUUGCCAAUAAACUUCUGAAAGUCCUUUCUAACUGCAGCAUAAUCAGCCAGGAUGACUACUUCAAGCCUGAUGAAGAAGUUGCAACAGAUGACAGAGGAUUUAAGCAAUAUGAUGAACUUGAGGCCUUGGAAAUGGAAAGAAUGAUGUCAGCUGUGCAGUCUUGGAUGUCUCAGUAUAACAAAAGUGCCUGCUCAGAAGAGAAAUCAAAUAGAAUGCAAGAGAGAUGUGAAAACAUGGUGCACAUUUUAAUAGUUGAAGGUUUCCUCCUGUACCAUUAUGAGCCAUUGGACAACUUAUUCGAUAGAAGAUAUUUUGUAACUGUUCCCUUUGAAGAAUGUAAAAGGCGAAGGAGUACACGGGUUUAUCAUCCUCCUGAUCCUCCAGGAUAUUUCGAUGGUUAUGUGUGGCCUAUGUACAUAAAGCACAAGACAGAAAUGGACAAAGUUCAAAACGAUAUAGUUUUUAUAGAUGGUACCAAACCUCAAGAAGAAAUUCUAUGUUUCGUUUAUAAUGAUAUAAUAAGAGCUGCUGAACAACUUACAUCUUAAUAAAGAGAUGGAAGAUUCAAAUGUAAACAACAGAACAAAAGAGAAUGUGUAAUACAGUGCAGUGGUGUCAGCUGUACUCACUACAGACUAUAGCAGUAUUACAAGGCAAUCGAUUCUACAGUGCGAUACUUUUGUUUGACUAAAAUACUAA